AUGACGAUGAUGUCAAAUCUUCCAAGCGAUUUGGUAGAGGAGAUUCUCUCUAGACUUCCUCUGAAAUCUAUGAGAUCAUUGCGGUUAACUUGCAAAAACUGGAACGCUUUAUUAAAAAGCAGAAGCUUUACAAAAUUACACACUGAUAAAGAAGAAGCGGCAAGAAAGGAAGGGGAGUCUCAGAAGAUUGUGAUGAUGGACAACGAUGUUUAUCUAAUGAGCAUCGUCGUCAACGACAUGAACGUUGAUUCAUCUAUAGAGCUUAAAGGCAAACUUACUUGCCUUGACGAACAAGUCACGAUAUCUCAAGUUUUUCACUGCGAGGGUUUAUUGUUAUGCAUCUUGAGAAACGAUUCUAGGCUUGUGGUUUUGAAUCCGUAUUUAGGGCAAACAAAGUGGAUCGAAACAUAUCCUUUCAACAAACGGGAGAGUUACAAGUACGCUUUCGGAUACGUGAGUGUGAAGAACAACUCUUGUCGUAGCCUCAAAAUCUUGAGGUUUACAGAUGGUUCAUGGUAUCAAAUCUACGAUUUUGACUCUGGUUUAUGGAGGGAUCUUGAUGUCACUCCACAUUGGGGUGAAAUAUCAGCUUAUAACCUUGGUGUUUCUCUCAAUGGAAACACUUACUGGGGUGUUAUACAAAGAGAAUCAUGUCAGACAAUUUAUUUUGAUUUUACAAGAGAGAGAUUUGGGUCGCUUCUGUAUACGCAGCGGUUUACCUUUCGGUAUCUAGUCUUUCAGAGUCUAUCUUGUGUUAAAGAAGAGAAGCUUGCAGCUUUAUUUUGGUGCAACCUUUCAGAUGUGACUGAGUACGAGGUAUGGAUUACGACAAAGAUUGAUGCUGAUGAAAAGGUAUCGUGGAGCAAGUUCUUGACUGUGGAUAACCGAACUGACAUUCCGAUUACAAUUUUGGAUGGGGGUUUCUUCAUUGACGAGGAGAAGAAAGUCGCUGUGGUUUUCGGCAGCUUUUAUCCCCACACAUGUAUCAUCUUGGGAGAGGCUGGAUACUUUAGGGAAGUGAAACUCGGAGAACCCGCAAACGAUAGGCGUUUGAAACAUGUGUGCUCUAUGUUCCAAGUUUAG